AUGCACUAUUUUGGGGUAUUAGCUGCACUGUCUGUUUUCAACAUCAUUGCCUGUUUGACAAGAGGAAAGCCUUUGAAAGACUGGGACAAGUUACCAGCUAUGGGAAAGUCUGAUGCACACUUUCAUGAUCCUGGGGAAGUGGAAGAUGAGACCCAUUUCGACUUUAAAUCUUUCCUGGAGAAUAUGAAGACGGAUUUACUACGGAGUUUGAAUUUAUCAAGGGUCCCCUCACAAGAGAAGACCAAAGAAGAACCGCCACAAUUCAUGAUUGAUUUAUACAACAGAUAUGCUGCAGACAGGUCUUCCAUCCCUGCAUCCAAUAUUGUGAGGAGCUUCAGUACUGAAGAUGUUGUUUCUUUAGCUUCACCAGAAGAAAAUCCAUUUCAGAAACACAUCUUGCUCUUCAACAUUUCUAUUCCACGAUAUGAGGAAAUCACAAGAGCUGAACUGAGAAUUUAUAUCUCCUGUCACAGGGAAGUUGGGUCUCUCUCUAGACUGGAAGGCAACAUGGUCAUUUACGAUGUUCUAGAUGGAGACCACUGGGAAAAUCCAGAAAGUACCAAAUCUUUCCUUGUCUCCCAGGAUAUCCAGGAAUGUGGCUGGGAGAUGUUUGAAGUGUCCAGUGCUGUGAAAAGAUGGGUCAGGGCAGAUAAACUGAAGACUAAAAACAAGCUGGAGGUUGUUAUAGAGAGUAAAGCUCUCAGUGGUUUCACUUGUGGAAAGCUGGAUAUCAGUGUUACCCCUGACACUAAGAACCUGCCCCUGUUAAUAGUGUUCUCCAAUGAUCGCAGCAAUGGGACAAAAGAGACCAAAGUGGAGCUCCGGGAGAUGAUUGUUCAUGAGCAAGAAAGUGUGCUAAAGAAGUUAGCAAAGAACAACACUUUGCCUGAAAAGGAAGAAGGGGGAAAGGACAUUGCUAGGCCCCACCAGCAUUCCUCCAGAAGCAAAAGAAGCAUCAGAGCCAACCACUGCCGGCGAACUUCCCUCCAUGUGAACUUUGAAGAGAUCGGCUGGGAUUCCUGGAUCAUUGCACCCAAAGAUUAUGAGGCUUUUGAGUGUAAAGGAGGUUGUUUCUUCCCUCUGACAGAUAAUGUUACCCCAACAAAACAUGCUAUUGUACAAACUCUGGUGCACCUCCAAAACCCAAAGAAAGCUUCCAAGGCCUGCUGUGUUCCAACCAAAUUGGAUUCGAUCUCCAUUCUUUAUAAGGAUGAUGCUGGGGUGCCUACUUUGAUAUAUAACUAUGAAGGGAUGAAAGUGGCAGAAUGUGGUUGCAGGUAG